AUGCAUUUAAUCGGUGUAGAUGGCCGUUAUGGGAGAUACAAAAGAUCAAAAACACCAUUUUUGAAAAUAGAACAAUGCAGAGAUUCAGCAAGAGCAAAGCUGAAGAAAGGAGAAUGGAAUCUAUUAAUUUUACAUAAUAAUGAUAUGCAUUCAAGAUUUGUGGAAACAGACGCUAAACAAAAUGAGUGUCCAGACGAAAUUAAGGCAGAGAACAAAUGCUAUGGAGGAAUGGCAAGAGUUGCGACAGUGGUAAGGCGCGCAAGAAAAGAUGCAAAAAGAGGUGGUCCACCAGUUUUGUAUUUAAAUGCUGGUGACACAUUUGCUGGGUCACCUUGGUUCAUGGUGCAUAAAGCACCAUUAGUUGCAUUAAGUAUGAAUCUCCUCCGGCCAGAUGCUGCGAGUCUCGGAAAUCAUGAAUUUGAUUUGGGUGCAAAAGGUUUAGAAACAUAUUUAAAUUUAACUUAUGGAUAUCCGGUAGUUGCUGCUAAUAUCGACGUUUCUGAAGAACCUGGAUUAUUAAAGCAAAGAUCUUUAAAGAGAUCUGUGGUAUAUAGGGUAAAUGGACGUUUAAUUGGAAUUAUAGGAUAUGUAUUACCUGAUACUAAACUAAUGGCGAUUGCGAAUAAUAUAACAUUUAACGAUGAAAUUAAAACAAUUAAAAGAGAAGCUGGAAUACUGAAAAGAGGAGGUGUCAAAAUAUUGAUAGCCUUGGGCCAUUCUGGUCAUAACAUGGACAAAAAAAUUGCUGCAGAAGUCAAAGACAUUGACAUCGUUGUUGGUGGUCAUUCAAACACAUUUCUUUGGAAUGGUAAAGAACCUGACAGUGAGCAACCAAAAGGUGAAUAUCCUGUACAAGUUAAGCAAAAUGUAUCAAGUAAAGUUGUACCAGUAGUUCAAGCAUAUGCACAUACUAAAUAUAUUGGAAGAUUAAUGGUAACGUUCAGUAAAUGUGGUAAAGUUAUCAGAAGUUGCGGACAACCUCUGUUGCUAGAUAAUAAAAUACCACAGGCUUUGGAUGUGGUUGAAUUUAUGAAAAUUUAUAAAGGUCCUGUAGACAAAUUAGUAAAUCAAGUUGUGGGUUAUAGUAUUCCUUUACUAGUAAAUGGAUGCAGGCAAAAAGAGUGCGACAUAGGAAAAGUAGUAACGCAAGCUAUGUUACAAGCUGCUUAUAAAUAUUUAGGAAUAAAUAGUAUGAUAGAAAUUGAUAAUAAUCAUAAACCAAAAAAGAAUAAAACAUUUGAUUUAAUUGUUCUACAAAAUGCUGGAGGAAUCAGAUCCAAUCUGAUGCCAUAUGAAAACAGUACAGUUAUUUAUGGAAUGUUAAUGUCGGUGAUGCCUUAUGAGAGUACUUUAUUUAAGUGUGAAAUAACAGGCAAACAAUUAAAAGCAAUGCUAGAAUGGGGUGUAACUAGAUACACAGUGAACAAUGAGCGAGGUGAAUUUCCACAAGUGGCAAAUAUAAAUGUUACAUACGAUCUUACAAAAGAUAAUGGCAGUCGUGUUAUUGAUUUAAAAGUAAAAUUGGCUAACAGUGCGGAGUACGCAACUUAUGAAGAAACUACCGUAUAUACAUUAAUAACUAGUUCAUAUGUUGCCCAAGGAGGUGAUGGAUAUAGUGUUUUGCUAGAAUCUACUGUCAAUAAAACAAACAUGGGCAUUCUAGACACCAGAGCUCUUGCAGAUUAUUUUGAGAAAACAAACAAUAUAACUGAAAAGUUUCUAAAAGGCUUACCACCGAAUAUUAUUAUUGCAAAAGAAUAUGUUGCUAAAACUUAA